CAAUGACUUCUUCAAAUUAAACCGCGCGAUUCUUCAGAAACGACAUUGCAUGUUUUUUUUCUUCUUUUCUUUUGUUUGUGUGAGCCGGAAAAAUAAGUAAAUCAAACCCAAAAUGCCCAAUCGACCGAAUGCUAUGGAUACUACUAAAAUGGAGAGCGAUUUGUUCUUGGAAAUGUUGGAAGUGUACAUAAAUUCGAUUUUGUAUCUACGUGAAGUGUAUCCAUCUGCAAUUUUUCGCAGGCGUCGUAUUUACAAUACAACCGCAUACAUUUCCAUAUUUCCAUCAUUGAACAAGUAUUUAUUGAAUGCAUUGAAGACCGCACAAGAAUUGAAAGCAAUCAACAAACUAUUCCAGGUGGAAUUGAUCAUUUAUAAACGUGAAUCGCAAACGUUUGACACACCGGACAAUGAAGAAAUUUUAGAGCGAUACACUUUUCGCGUUGAACAUAGCGAAAAUGAGCAUAGCAAAAAACCGGACAUUGAAUUAUAUAUUCUAAAAUUUGAAGAGGAUCUCCGUCAAGGUCUCAUGCAACUUGAACAAACGGCAAAGAAUCUGUCUCCUUUGAAUAGGGAAACAUGUGGUUUUUUUAUCCAAUUAGAAACCACCGAAAAGUCAUUUGUUAACAUUGUCACCAAAGAAAACUCGAAAGUGGACAAUUUCCCAUGGACUUUGGCACGAGACAAAUUCCGCGAAAAAUCUUGGGACAUGCAACCGGUUUUGGAAGUUGAUCCAUUCAGCCUUCUCAUUUUAACACCAAAGGAAUUAUAGCAUGAUGACUCCACAUUCAAACAACAAUAUUUUCCAGUUAUUUCCUUAAGAAAAUUGUAUUGAAUAGAGCCCGUUUUUAUAGACAACAUAUGAAAUUAAUGAAACAUAA